AGCUGGUUCUACGGUGGUUUGUGUGGCUAGCUAGCGGCUAGCUAUGGUUCUUAGACUCGUUCCUGUUCUCAACUUGUUAUUUUAGCGCUUCCGAUGAGUUUGUCGCUGUUGUCGGCUUCUGGCGGCUGUAAUGGACCAGGACCAGGACCAGGACCAGGACCAGCAGACCCAGCAGACCCAGCAGCACCCGGAUCAGGACCAGGGUCAGGACCCGGAUCAGGACCAGGAUGUCCCGGGCGGAGGAGCGCGAGGACGCGGACUGCGUGUGUUCGGUCGGGAUGAAGUUCACGUGGGACAUCAACGACCCCAAACUGCCGCAGGACACUAAGCAGUUCGACCCGUUCCAGGAGUGGACAGACGGAUAUGUUCGCUACAUCUACAGCGCUGAGGAUAAGAACGCCCAGCGCCACCUGUCGGGCUGGGCCAUGAGGAACACCAACAACCACAACUGCCAGAUCCUUAAGAAGUCGUGCCUGGGGGUGGUGGUCUGCUCCCGGGGGUGCUCCCGCCUGCAGCUCCGCCCCGCCAUCUGCGACAAGGCCCGCCUCAAGCAGCAGAAGAAGUUGUUCCCAGAUGUAACGGGGCACUGAGUCUGUUUGCAGUGGCCGGGGGC